AUGGGCAAUACCAAGCCAGAAGUCGGCGGCCAAGGGCUCCAUGUUCUUAUCGCGGGCGCGGGAAUUGGAGGCCUUGCGACGGCGAUCGCUCUGAGACAGCAAGGGCAUCGAGUCGAGCUAUUCGAGCGAUCGCGCUUCGCCAGCGAAAUUGGCGCUGCCAUCCAUCUCACACCUAACGCCAACGGUGCUCUUCUGAAACUCGGCAUCGACGCCACGACGCUAGGUGCUGUAGAAUCUGAGAAGCUCCGUGUGUUUCCUCCAAACGGUCCAGAGCUGUUUUCACUAGAUAUCAAGAAGACCUCCGGUUUCUGGCGACACCGCUGGCUGCUUGUCCACCGAGCUCAUCUCCACGAAGGCUUGAAAGUCGCUGCUCAGGCUCCGGGGCCAGGUAUUCCCGCUCGGCUGCACAUAUCCAGUCAAGUUGUGGACAUCGACCCUCACAACGCCACCUUGACACUUGAAAACGGCGACGUUUUCUCCGGAGACCUCGUCCUCGGCGCAGAUGGAGUACACUCACUAGCGAAGUCGAAACUACCCGGUGGGGAGAAUAUCAGCACCUUCAGUUCGGGCAAAAACGCAUUCCGUUUUCUGAUUGCCCGACAGGAUGCCCUUGAUGACCCGGAGACAAGGGAUCUAGCCCAGGAACUUGGAACAUGGUACAUGUUUGACAGUCCUGAGUUGCGAGUGGUUGUGUAUCCUUGCGCAAAUAACGAGCUGCUCAAUUUCGUGUGUAUUCAUCCCGAUUCCAUGUCCAAGAUCCACGAUGGAUCCGAGUGGGACCAGGGCGCGAGCAAGGAGUGUCUGCUGGAGGUGUACAAGGACUUUAGUCCGCAGGUGCGGAAGCUUCUGUCUAAGGCUGAUCCGACAACACUCAAGGUGUGGCCGCUGCUAGAUACUGAUGAUCUGCCGACCUGGACUGAGGACCGAUUGGCUGUUUUGGGCGAUGCCGCACAUCCUUUCCUGCCGUACCGUGCAUCAGGCGGUGCUAUGGCUAUUGAAGACGCUGUAUCCAUAGCGGUCAUGCUGCCGAGGGGUGUUCGCUCCGAAGAUGUCCCUGAGCGUCUAAAGCUGUACGAGAAAGCUCGCCGUAUCCGAGCAACAACCGUCCAGCAGUUGACGCGGAAGAGCUCUCAUGGACCUCUUCCACCAUCUGAAGAGAAAUCAAUUACCGAGUACAUUUACGGCCAUGACGAGUACGACCAUUCGACUCAGGUCCUCCGCAAACGCCUCUGGGGUCAAGGACCGCAAAAGUACUGGCGGCAGCCUAUCGUAUUCGGCCCCAUGCCGGGUCCCAGACAAGAUUUCGAAGGUCAUAGCCGGCUCAGUCGAUCACACAAGUCCACGUUUCAGACAACCUCGAUCCGGUUCAAGACGAGUCGGACGCUGCUCCAAAACCUCCUUCCAAACGAUUUGUACUCAUUUGCCACGCCCAGCACAGUCGCAACUGCAAGCAUCUCGCAGACUCUGCUCAAUGGCAUGGACUGGCUCGGCGGCGGUGGUUACCGACAUCUCGGCUUGUACAUCGAAGGGGUACAGUACAAGAAGGCGGACGGGGAAGUCGUCAAUGGGACCUACCUUCCCAUUCUCUUCGAGAGUCUGACAGAUCCAAUCGUGAGCGGGCGCGAGGAGCUCGGUAUGCCAAAGCUGUACUCCGCGAUUGACGCCAACCAGCGCGACGAGUCUUACUACCUGCAGGCUAGCUGGCAAGGCGCCGUUUGGGGCCGAUUCCGUUGGGAGGGGCUGGAGGAUGAGGAUCCUUCUGCACACGCCGCACCGACAGAGGGUGGUGUGUUAGUUCACCGCUACGUUCCUAAAGUCGGCGCAGAAGGCAAGGGUGAGGCAGAGGUGGAAUAUCCAGUGUUCGUACCAAAUGCAGACGAGUCCAAGCUCCUGGUCUCGAAGGUAACACGGGUCCGCACGGCCAAGAAAGCUGGAUUCGAGAUUGAUGGGCUCGACUGGAAGGCCUUGCCAACACUGCAUCACAUCAUUUCGCGUCUGGCAGAGAUUCCUGUUGAUGAGAUUCUGUCUGCAAAGGUGGUCGAGGGUGAGGGAGUGUCAGAUGUUUCGGCUGCAAGGCGCAUAGAAUGA